UUCUUCUACAAAAACAAGCUCUCAGUCAGAAAAUGAUCUAUGCCAUCACUCUAAAUCGUUCAGGAUUCCAGAGAUGGGCGUGCCAAUAAGCGACUCUUCGGAGAAGAAACUGUCCUGGCUGCGCUCUCAGAUUAUUGGAGGCGAUGUAGAAUUCGAUUCUCCUUUCGGAAAACGUAGGCUCACCUAUGCAGAUCACACUGCCUCCGGCCGGUGCCUUCACUAUAUCGAAGAUCAUAUCAUCGACAAUGUUCUUCCCUUCUAUGGUAACACCCACACCGGCGACAGUUUCGUGGGCGACCGGACGACGAAAAUGCUGCAUGAAGCGUCCCAUUACAUCAAACGAUGCUUAGGCGGCGGGCGAGAUGAUGCAAUAAUAUUUUGCGGAUCAGGCACAACAGCUGCCAUUAAGAGGCUUCAAGAGGUUAUGGGGAUUGCAGUGACACCAAUCAUGAGAGAAAGGCUCAUAAAAUGUCUAAGUACUGAAGAAAGAUGGGUGGUUCUUGUAGGGCCUUAUGAACACCACUCAAAUAUCCUUUCAUGGCGACAGAGUUUGGCUGAAGUAAUAGAGAUUGGUCUUGACGAUACUGGCUUAAUAAAUAUUGAAGAGCUGAGACUGCAGCUUGAGUUGUAUAAGGAUUCCGGCCGCCCAAUUUUGGGUUCUUUCUCUGCUUGCAGUAAUGUCACUGGAAUUUAUUCUGAUACAAGAUCGAUUUCUAGACUUGUUCAUCAACACGGCGGGUUUGCAUGCUUUGAUUUUGCUGCGAGUGGUCCUUAUGUGGAGAUUGACAUGAGGUCAGGGGAGAUUGAUGGCUAUGAUGCUGUGUUCUUGAGUCCACACAAGUUUCUUGGCGGUCCGGGAUCUCCCGGCAUUCUUCUGAUGAGCAAGGCUCUUUACCGGCUUGGAUCUUCUCCUCCAUCAACCUGUGGAGGUGGAACUGUUGAGACACAUUAUAUUUGGAUGAAAUAGAAGAGCGAGAAAACGGUGGAACUCCUCAAAUAAUUCAAACCAUCAGAGCUGCAUUGGCCUUUUGGGUGAAAGAAUACAUUGGCUAUGAAGUGAUCGAAA